ACCCUGAUUAAUUUCCUUUCUUCAUUAGCAGCAUUUUGGAGUGCGGCAUUUUAACGCGCGGUGAAAUUGAAGAGUACUCGUCGCACUUGAACUAUUCAAAAGACGGUGUUAUCAGCUACACUCACACUCUUCUUCUGCAACUCCAUUCGAUUCACUUCUUCGUGCUAAUAGCAGCCAUGAGUGCGGUGAAGAUCGAAGAACUCGAAGGAGAUAUAAUCCCAACCACCGACCACUUCUUCGUCAAAAUCGGUGAACCCGUUCCUCUUAACUCCAACGACUCCAAUUUCGAUCUCCAAACUCCGCCUUCUCAACCUCUCACACUCUCCCAACGCUUUCGUCUCACUUUCGUUGCUCAUUCUCAAGGGUUUUAUGUUGUGAAGACGAAGGACCUAAUUGAUUCUGGUAACCGAAGUGGUUCUUCCGUUGAAAAGCUGUGUCUUGUUGAUGUUGCUAUUGGUAGGGUUCGGAUAUUGGCGAUUUCUAGUGAUAAUUUGACGCUUGCUGCUUGUGCUGCCGGUGAUAUACGGUUUUACGAUGUUCAAAGCUUUCUCAAUAAGGAAGUGAAACAAUCCUUUUCCUGUUCACUCGAUAAUUCAACCUUUGUCAAGGACAUGCGAUGGACAACAGCAUCAGAAAAUUCUUAUGCUGUUCUUUCUAAUACUGGGCAACUAUAUCACGGCAGAGCUGGUUUUCCUCUUAAACAUGUGAUGGACAGUGUAGAAGCUGUUGAUUGGUGUAUAAAAGGGACAUCAGUUGCUGUGGCAAGGAGAAAUGUUCUGAGCAUUUUAUCCACUAAUUUUGAAGAAAAGGUUUCAAUUUCAUUACCCUUCAGAUCCUGGAUUGGUGAUUCUGAGGAAAAUGUCAGUGUAAAAGUUGAUUCUGUCAAGUGUGUUCGACCUGAUGCCAUUAUAAUUGGAUGCUUUCAAUUUACUGAAGAUGGCCAAGAGGAAAAUUAUCUUAUCCAAGUUAUUAGCAGCAAGCAUGGUGAAAUUUCUGAUGAUUGUUCUGAAUUAGUUGUCCAAUCAUUCUAUGAUAAUUACCCAGCAAUGAUUGAUGAUAUUGUGUCCCCUGGAAGUGGCCCCUACCUUUUAUUGGCUUAUUUAGAACAAUGCCAACUUGUGAUCAAUGCCAACAUGAAGAAUACAGAUAAUCACAUUAGCUUGCUUGGUUGGACACAAGAUGAUGAUAAGAGUGAAGCUGAAGUUGUUGAUAGACUUGAAAUUGACCGAUCCAAGUGGAUUCCGAAAAUUGAGCUUCAAGAAAAUGAAGAUGAUAAUCUUCUCUUGGGGCUAUGUAUUGACAAAGUUUCCAUAUAUCAAAAAGUUAGAGUUCAAAUUGCUGCAGAGGAGGAAGAAACUGAGCUCUCACCUUAUUGUGUUCUUAUGUGUCUCACGCUUGAUGGAAAACUUGUUUUGUUCCAUGUUGCCAGUCUUGCAGGAAGUAAAGUUUCUCCCGAGGUUGAUUAUGCUGAGCAUGAUGAAAAAGAUGCUUCUGUAAAGCUACCUGUGGAUGAAAACUCCACCUUCUCUCAUGGAUUGCAGAAAAAGGAACGGGAAUUGGAUCAGGAUGUUGAGGUUAGGGAGGAGAAUCGGAAGCCCAAGCAUUUUGCUGAAGAUUACACUAAGUACCGUGAAGUGGGAUCAGCAACAAAUGUACAGUCUGUGAAGUCUGAUGUGCUGCAAAUGGUUCCAGGUGCAGAUGUGAAGCAAGUUAAUGGUAGUCAAAAGACUGCAGUAAUUGGAACAAGUUAUAGUUCUUUUCCAGUAAACUUUAAUUCUGCUGCUCCUGGUUUGUCAAGUAAUAAAUAUUUUCAAGAUGAUACCGAGAGGACUAAGGAGCUCCCAAAUACAAAUAGUUCACGAGACUCACAGAGAGCUUCUUAUCAAUUGCCUGGUGAAACAUUUUCAUUCCCAAAAUCAUCUAACGUGACUUCAGUUUCCGGUUCAAGCUAUGUUGAUGGCAGUGGUUAUCAAAAUAAAAACUAUACUGUGGGCGCUACAAAUGCUAAUGCUGCAAACGUGCCUGGUAAAGGAUACUGUGGAAAGCCUCUUUUUGUAAAAGAUGCCAAUGUUGAAUCUCCUGUCCUCUAUUCUGCUGCAACUAUUCCCGGUAGCCUUGGUGGAAAGCCCUUUCUCGUAAAGGAUGUGAGUGUUGAAUCUCCGGGCAUCUCUAGACCAGUACAGAGUGGUGGACAACUAACUUCCAUAGGAGCAGAAAGUUCACAUUUGUCAUUACCCGGAAAUUCUACAGCAGAAAGUUCACAUUUGUCAUUACCGGGUAAAGGAUACUGUGGAAAGCCUCUUUUUGUAAAAGAUGCCAAUGUUGAAUCUCCUGUCCUCUAUUCUGCUGCAACUAUUCCCGGUAGCCUUGGUGGAAAGCCCUUUCUCGUAAAGGAUGUGAGUGUUGAAUCUCCGGGCAUCUCUAGACCAGGACAGAGUGGUGGACAACUAACUUCCAUAGGAGCAGAAAGUUCACAUUUGUCAUUACCCGGAAAUUCUACAGCUGGAAAAUCAUCUAUACGAAAGUUUCAUCCUUCUAAUGAGCAGCAUGUAAAUUCAUCCAAGCCUGGGAUAUCAAGUUCUGAUUUGUCAAAGCAGUUUGGAAAUAUUAAUGAGAUGACCAAAGAACUGGAUCUGCUUUUGAAGUCAAUAGAAGAGCCUGGAGGCUUUAGAGAUGCUUGCACCAGGUCACUACAAAGUUCAAUAGAGGAAGUGGAGCAAAGCAUGGACACACUGUCUAAACAAUGCAAAAUACGGAUGUGCCAAGUGGAUCAACAUCUUGAGGAGGUUCAUUAUCUUCUUAACAAGACAGUACAAGUCGUGGCAAGAAAAGUAUACUUGGAAGAUAUAUAUAAGCAAGCUUGUGAUAGCCGAUAUUGGGACCUAUGGAAUAGACAAAAGUUGAAUUCAGAACUUGAGCUAAAGCGACAGCAUAUACUGAGUCUGAAUCAGGAUUUAACUCAUCAGUUAGUUGAAUUGGAGAGGCAUUUCAAUGCCCUUGAACUGAACAAGUUCAGUCAAUAUGGUGGCCAUCACAUUGGUCGUGGAGCUUCUCAAAACAGACAUGGACCUUCAAGACACAUUCAGUCGUUGCAUACUUUACAGAAUGCAAUCAGGUCGCAACUUGUAGCUGCAGAGAAUCUCUCUGAAUGCCUUUCAAAACAAAUGGCUACAUUGAGUUUAAGGUCCCCAUCUGAGGAACAAAAGAAUGUGAAGGAGCUCUUUGAAACAAUAGGAAUUCCUUAUGAUGCUUCUUUUAGAUCUCCAGAUACGAAAGCUUUUAUGAAGACCCCUUCUAGCAAGAAGCUCUUGUUUUCUGAUUUGACUAGUAAUAAUAAAGAUAAAUCAAAGAGAAUUCAAGCCAGUGCUAUGAAGAGUUGUGAACCAGAAACAGCUAGGAGGAGAAGAGAUUCACUUGACCAGAGUUGGACAUGUUCUGAACCGCCUAAAACUAUCAUCAAAAGGAUGCUGCUGCAAGACCUUCAGAAACCAAAGUGGAAAGAAUCGUCAUUUUCAAAAGAAAAAAUUAAAACUUUCAUGCCAGUGGAAUUCGCUCCUCGACAAAUGGAUGCCAGAAUUCCCUCAGGUGUCCUCCCUGCUACUGAAACAAAAGCAAGCUUUCUGGAUUCUCGUCUUGCACUUAAAGGUGUGUCAGAACACUCAAAGACAUUUACACCGGAUGGCAACCUCAAAGCUCACACUCAAGUUUCAGAUUCCAAGUCUCAUGUUUUGCAAAGAAGCAAAAUCUCUGCAGUUCCCCCACGUCCUGCAGUCAUGCAUGGUCCUUCCACAGAAACAAGAGAUUUGGCUGCGGAAAAGUUGAAUGUUCAAAAACUUGAUUCAAGUUCAAAUAGUGAGAGCAAGCCUUCUUCACUCACGGAAAUGCCUAAAAAAUUCUCAUUCUCUACCCGUUCAACCACAGAAACACCUUCAUCUCUGUUUAAAUCGAGUGAAAUGCCCAUUACCAACAAUAAAGUGACUACAGCUACAAGUUUCAUGAUGGGAGACAAACUUUCAGGUGCAUUUACUCCUGAGUCUUGGAAAAAAAACAUUCCAUCCUCAGAGUCGCACUCAUCCUCUAUUUCUGCAGCUUCAACCAUGGUUGGAAAAGUUACUGAGUUCAAUUUUGAUAAAAGCUGGCCUGAAAAGAAUAUUCCAGCAGUGCUCAAUAGUGGUUCUCGUGAACCUCCUUUGUCUUCUACUAACAAAACACCAUCAGUUUCUUCAGUAUCAUCAUCUGUUUCGUCUAUAGCUGUGCCUCCAGCAACAGUGUCCGUGACAUUAAGCAAUACUGCCACUAGUUCAAACAUCAGUAUAGAUUCUAAUCACACGUCAACAUCUUCAGCCUCAGAUUCUCUUCACUUAUCUAACCAGGUCCCCAAACAAACAUUGUCCCUGUUACCUAACCCUCCGUGCUUGAAUUCAACAUUGGAAUCCCCAAAUCAGAGAUUCAAGCAGCUGUUGUACCUAUUAAAGACUAAUUCAGAUGCUGCUGCAGAAGCGGUCACUCAGCUAAAAGAAACUCUAAAUGGUGAAUCUGAAAUGAAACUUGGAUCUUCAAGAAACAUUAGUCUUACUAAUGAACAGCCUGCCAACAAGGCAACAAACUCUGAUACCAACACUGUCUCAGUUUCUCAAUCAGAACGGCCUUCAGAUGCACCUUUGCAACUUUCAACUUCUUUUCUUACUUCUACUAGUGUUUCAAAUGGGAAAAAUGAGGGUUUGGAUGUUGGAAUCUCUCAAGAGGAUGAGAUGGAGGAAGAAGCUCCUGAGACAAGCAACUCACCGGAACUUAGUUUGGGAAGCCUUGGCGGGUUCGGGCUUGGCUCAACCCCUAACCCAUCAAUUCCUAAAUCAAAUCCAUUUGGGGGUUCUUUUAGUAAUGUAGCAACAAGUUUAUCAAGCUCUACAAAUGCAUUAUCAGUUCCCAAUGGAGCGUUGUUUCGACCUCCAUCUUUUACAUUCCCAAGCACCCCAUCACCUACAUCAACUCAGUCAACAAAUUCAGGUGCAUUUUCUGGUGGCUUUGGUGUUGGAGCAGCUGUUCCUCCACAAGCUCCAAACGCAUUUGGGCAACCGGCACAAGUUGGAUCAGGGCAGCAGGUUCUUGGAUCAGUUCUUGGUACUUUUGGACAAUCAAGGCAACUUGGCGGUGCUCUACCGGGAACUGGUUUUGCAUCUCCCCCAGGUUUUGGUGGUGGAUUUGCUGCCAGUAAUAAUACUGGUGGAUUUCCAAAUGCUGCUGCUGGUGGAGGGUUUGCUUCCGUAGCAUCCACAGGUGGAGGCUUUGCAAGCGUUACAUCCACUGGUAGCGGGUUUUCUGGAUUUGGUGCUCCUGCUGGCAGUGGAUUUGCCGGUGCUGCUCCCGCUGGUGGUGGGUUUGGUGCUGCUCCCGCUGGUGGUGGGUUUGCUGCUGCUGCUAAUUCAACUGGUGGGUUUGGAGGAGCUGGUUCUGGCGGUGGGUUUGGAGGAGCUGGUUCUGGCGGUGGGUUUGGAGGAGCUGGUUCUGGCGGUGGGUUUGGAGGAGCUGGUUCUGGCGGUGGAUUUGGAGGAGCUGGUUCUGGCGGUGGAUUUGGAGCAUUUAGUAGCCAAGGAAGUGGUGGGUUUUCUGCUUUUAGUAACACUGGAGGUAAUAAACCACCUGAGCUGUUCACACAGAUGAGGAAGUAGUAUUGCAUUGCAUCUUAUACUAGAAAGUUCUUACACUAAAACGAUUGGAAAGCAGUGAAACUCCAUUAUGGUUUUCCAAAAAGAAAUAGAUAGUAGAGUACGAUAUCUUCUAGUAAAGCAAACGGUGCAAUGUUAAAGUGUAGAUUUUUGUUGUCCUUAACUCUUCGAUGUAAAACUUUUCCUAAGAAAUACAUGAAAUUUGUAGUUAUAGUUACGGUA